AUGGCGUCCCAAAAAAAGGACCUCCCCAAGAUCCGCGAUGAGGAGCGCGAGCAACGCUUUGGUACCGUGUUCGGUGUCUCUGGUCCCGUCGUCGUCGCCGAGAACAUGAUCGGCUCGAGCAUGUACGAGCUCGUGCGUGUCGGCCACGACGAGCUCGUCGGUGAGAUCAUCCGAAUCGACGCCGACAAGGUCACCAUCCAGGUGUACGAGGAGACUUCCGGCGUUUCCGUCGGUGACCCCGUGCUCAGUACUGGCAAGCCCCUCUCCGUCGAGCUCGGCCCCGGUCUCAUGGAGAACAUUUACGACGGCAUCCAGCGUCCGCUCGAGUCCAUCAUGAAGAAGAGCGGCGGUAUCUACAUUCCCCGAGGUAUCAACACGCAGGCGCUCGACCGUCAACUCUCUUGGGACUUCACUCCCGGCCAGCUCAAGGUCGGCGACCACAUCAGCGGUGGUGACAUCUUCGGUUCCGUCUACGAGAACUCGCUGCUCAAGGACCACAAGCUCAUGCUCGGCCCGCGUGCUAUGGGCACCAUCACCCACAUCGCCGAGAAGGGCUCUUACUCGGUCGACGACGUCGUGCUCGAGACCGAGUUCCAGGGCAAGAAGCAGAAGCACACCAUGCUCCAGAUCUGGCCCGUCCGUGCGCCCCGUCCCGUCGCCGAGAAGUUGCAGGCCAACAACCCGCUGCUCACCGGCCAGCGUAUCCUCGACUCGCUCUUCCCCUGCAUCCAGGGCGGUACCACCGCCAUCCCCGGUGCCUUCGGCUGUGGCAAGACCGUCAUCUCCCAGGCGCUCUCCAAAUACUCGAACUCGGACAUCAUCACCUAUGUAGGCUGUGGGGAGAGGGGAAACGAGAUGGCCGAAGUGCUCGCCGAGUUCCCCGAGCUCACGCUCAUGAGGGACGGCGAAGAGUUCCCGAUCAUGAAGCGUACUACGCUCGUGGCCAACACAUCCAACAUGCCCGUGGCUGCGCGAGAGGCGUCGAUCUACACGGGUAUCACGCUCUCCGAAUACUUCCGUGACCAGGGCUACAACGUGGCCAUGAUGGCCGACUCGACCUCGCGAUGGGCCGAGGCUCUGCGUGAGAUCUCGGGUCGUCUGGCCGAGAUGCCGGCCGAUUCCGGCUACCCGGCGUACCUGGGUGCCAAGCUGGCCAGCUUCUACGAGCGUGCCGGUCGCGUCGCCUGUCUCGGUUCGCCUGAGCGCGAGGGCUCGAUCUCGAUCGUGGGUGCCGUCUCGCCGCCCGGUGGUGACUUUUCCGACCCGGUCACGUCGGCCACGCUGGGUAUCGUGGGUGCCUUCUGGGGUCUGGACAAGAAGCUGGCGCAACGCAAGCACUUCCCCUCGGUCAACUGGGACGUCUCCUACUCCAACUACAUCAACGCGCUCGAGCCGUACUACGAGAAGAACAAGCCGGGCUUCAUCCAGCUCCGAACCACCGCCAAGAACAUGCUUCAGAAGGACACGGAUCUGGCCGAGAUUGUGCAGCUGGUCGGCAAGUCGGCGCUCGGCGAGGGCGACAAGGUGACGCUGGACGUGGCCAAGAUCAUGAAGGACGACUACCUGCAGCAGAACGGUAUCUCCGAGUACGACGCCUACUGCCCCUUCUACAAGACCACCGGCAUGCUCAAGAACAUGGUCGACUUCCACGACCGCGCACAGGCCGCCAUCGCCAACAACCCGGACAUGACCUGGGCCAAGGUCAAGGAGCACUGCUCCGACGUCAUCUACCGCCUCACCCAGCAGAAGUUCGAGAGCCCCAAGGACGGCGAGGAGGCCAUCACCAAGAAGUUCGACAAGCUCAACCAGGACAUCACCGAGGCCUUCCGCACGCUCACCGACUAA